CUGUGUCGGACCUGUUGUGCGGCUCUCGGUUUGGAUCUCUGCUGCGUCUCCGCUCAACUCUGCGCCUUUUCUGGAAGUUUGUCGGGGCGGGUCAAACUGCGGCGGACCGCGAAGCAGAGCGCCGAGCUCAGGGAGAGUUAAACGUGUUUUUUAAGGAUCGCGAGGACGGAUUAUUUGAUUCGGCACGAACCACGAACCGUCCUCCUGAUGAAGAAGGCUCCUCUUCCUCUUCCUCCUCUUCCUCCUCGCAGACACAGCAGGUAAAGAGGAGCUGCCAUGUUGGCCUCCUCCAUCCCUCCAUCACUCCUCUUCCUCCUCUUCUUCCCUGCCCCUCCCUCCUGCUCUGCUGAUGUCACCGCGACCACUGACCCCUCCAUACUAACGGUGAAGCUGGACGGCUCGCCCCUCUCUCACAUGCUGCUCGACUCUGGGGCGGGGCGUCUGUAUGUGGGCGGAGUUGACCACCUAUACCAGUUGGCGCCGGACCUGGAGAUGAUGUCACACGUUAGGACCGGUCCACACUUGGACUCCCCGGACUGCCUCCCGCCAAUCAUCCCUAAGGACUGCCCCUCAGCCACACCCACUCACAACCACAACAAACUGCUACUGAUGGAGCCCGGUCAGGGGGCGGAGCCAGGGAGUCUGAUCGUCUGCGGUUCACUGUAUCAGGGAAUCUGUGAUAAAAGGAGUCUGUCCAACAUCUCUCAGUUCGUCUAUCAGACAUCAAACCCUGUGGACACUCAGUACGUCGCCGCCAACGACCCACGCAUCUCCACCGUCGCCACGGUCGUCACCGUCGACAACAGACAGGAAGUGAACGGCGUGCUGCGCCUGAUGCUGGUUGGUCGAGGUUACACCAGUAAAGGUCCCGGCGACAUCCCACCGAUCACCACGCGGCGUCUGUUCCCGGUGGUGCCGCCUCGCCGGGCGUUCUCUCAGGAGGAGGAGUUAGGGAAACUGGUUGUCGGGAGUUACUCAGAGUACAACAACCACUUUGUCAAGGCCUUCCUCCACGGCGACCACGCCUACUUCCUGUUCUCCAGACGCGACGUAUGGCACAAGAAAGAGUACCGGACGUAUGUGUCGCGGCUCUGCACCUCGGACCGCAGCUUCUACUCGUACGUGGAGGUGCCGCUGCUGUGCCGUGGCGGCUACAACCUGGCUCAGGGGGCGUGGCUGGGACACCACGGUGACGAACCGGCGCUGUUUGUCGUCAUGGCGGCGGGACAGGCGUCCACUCCCGUGGCGACGAGUCGAUCGGCGCUGUGCAUUUAUGGGAUGGCGCGGCUGGACGCCAUGCUGCGGCAAGCACAGGAAGUGUGUUACACAGAGGGUGGGCGGGGCCACAGCGGACAGGAAGAAGCCUACAUCGAAUACGCCGUGUCAUCAAAGUGUCUCAAGUUACCAAAGGUCUCUCUGCUCGAGUAUCCCUGUGGGGGAGAACACACCCCCAGCCCCAUUGCCAGCAAUGUGCCCCUCCCAGCCACGCCCACCUUCACGUCCACCACCCUGCUGACAGCUGUCACCACGGCAACAGAGGCAGGACAUACCAUCAGCUUCCUGGGAGACAGAAAUGGACAAUUACACAAGGUGUUGGUGCGCUCUGAUUGGUCAGGUGACCUGUACGGCAGCGUGACCGUGGACAGUGGCAGUCCUGUCAGCGCUGACCUCCUGCUGGACCAGGACCAGGAGCACGUUUAUGUCCUGACCAGCAGCAGGUUGUCCAAAGUUCCCGUGUCUUCAUGUGAGACACAGAAAGACUGUCAGUCCUGUCUCACUGUCAGAGACCCACACUGUGGCUGGUGUGUCCUGGAGGGAAGGUGUUGUCGUAAACAUCAGUGUCAGCGCCACCUGCAGUCCAAUCACUGGCUCUGGAGCUUUGAACCGACCAAUCAGUGUGUGACAGUACGAAGUGUGCAGCCUGCCAAUCAGAGCGCAGACGAGCAGACACAGGUAACACUGUCAGUCGUCCAGCUUCCCUCCCUCACUGAGGCGGAGCCUCUGUCCUGUGUCUUUGGACUCCUCCCACAUCAGCCCGCUAUCGUCAUGGGAACUAGCAUCACCUGUCAGUCACCUGCACCGGAACUCCUCCCUCCUAUGCCUUCAGGAAGUGAUCACAUGAUCCUGCCUGUGUCUUUGACAUUUGGUCACGUGACCAUCGCCACAGGAAACAUGACCUUCUACGACUGUGGGGCCGUGAGUCGACUCAACCAGAGCGCCCAGUGUCUCUCCUGUGUCCUCAGUGUGUGGACAUGUCACUGGUGUCCCUUGGAUCAGCUGUGCACUCACAACCACAGCUGUCCUCACCAACACAUCAUCCUCAACCACAGAGACUCUCUGGGUCCUUCCUCAUGUCCCCUCAUCUUCUCGCUGCUAAGUUCUGCCUUAGUGCCGAUUAGCCUUAGCAGCAGUGUGGUGCUGCAGGGACGAAACCUGGACGUGUUCACGGAUGAAGCUCAGUACGUUUGUAUCGUGGAAAUAAAUGGAGAUGAGUUUCACCUGAAAGCUGAAGAAAGAAAACACGACGACACACACACUUUUACCUGCAACUCACAUCAGUUUCAGUCGACCCUCAGUCAGCUUCAGUAUUCAGCUCCUGUUUAUCUGAGACGAGGAGAGCGCCGCAUCGACACGUCACCUGGUCUCCACCUCCAGCUGUACGACUGCUCUGCUGGCCAAUCAGAUUGCUCACAGUGCAGGGCGGUGCCUGAGGAGUACCGCUGUGUGUGGUGUCCGGGAAGCUCCGCCCCCAGCUGUGUUUACAACCAAUCGUGUAGCAGCGUACCUGCAGACACCUGCCCGCCCCCUCACAUCAGUCAGGUACUUCCUGUCUCUGGUCCUUUGGAGGGCGGAGUCUUGGUGACAAUUUCAGGUUCAAAUCUGGGGAUGAGGUACCAGGAUGUGGUGGGCGGAGUCACAGUGGCAGGUGUUCACUGUUCACCGCUACCUGAAGGUUACCAGAUCUCUACCAGGGUUGUGUGUGAGCUGCAGCCCAGUGGAAAACAGAGGAAGGGGAGUGUCCUUGUUGCCGUGGGAACAGGUUCAUCUGGAAGAUCGACACAGAUCUUCACCUAUCAGGACCCUCAGCUCGUGGCUCUGGUUCCUGACAGAGGUCCAGUCUCAGGAGGAACCAGACUGACCAUCAGAGGGCGCCACCUGCUGACAGGACAGAGCAGUGACCUGCAGGCUUUUCUGGGGACGCAGCCAUGUUACAUUGUGGAGGAGUUGACUGACUCUCAGCUGGUGUGUAGGACCGGGUCCAGUCCUCGGGUGGGUGGAGUCUCAGUCCGGGUUUUGUUUGGGAAGGCGGAGCGUAGCAUUCCUAAUGUGAGCUUCCGUUACCUUGACGACCCCGUCAUCACCGACGCCAAACCCGCCGAGAGUUUCUACGCAGGGGGGCGUGUCAUCAUCGUGACGGGCAGGAACCUGGACGUCGUGCAGCAGCCAAUCAUAUCAGUGUGGGUGGAGCCUGUGGAGGGGCAGAGGGUGAAACGGAGAAGACGAUUGGCCCUGCUGUCGUCCAGGCAACAGCUGGUGUUCAACAGCUCCAUGACAACGGUGUCGGAGCGCUGCUCUGUCCUGUCGUCCUCUCAGAUGACUUGUCUCACCCCCGCUGUGACGUCUCAGCUCAGAGUGAAGGACGUCUGGUUUCAGUUGGACAACGUCAGAGUUCACUUUGAGUCCAUCAAGGGGAAAACCUUCUCGUACUAUCAGAACCCAGAGUUCUUCCCUCUGAAUCGAGACGCUCCAGAUUCUCCGUAUCGUUUCAAACCAGGAGGAGUCAUCGCUGUGGAGGGACAGGACCUGACCAGAGCCAUGUCCAGACAGGAAGUGACUGCUCGUCUUGGAGACCAGGAGUGUGAGGUGAAGACACUGGACAACACUCAUCUGUACUGUGAACCUCCAGAGAGACAACCUCUGAGUGUGGACGACAGCAGCGAGCUGCCCAGCCUCAAGGUGUUCCUGGGGAGCCUGCAGGUGGACCUGGGACUGGUUCAGUACGACAGUGACUCUCUUCUGUCUCCCGUCCCAUUGGCUGCUCAGAUCAGUUUGGGGGCGGGGGCAGCGGUGAUCAUCCUGUCAGUGCUGGUCGUCAUCCUGAUGUACAGGAGGAAGAGUAAACAGGCUCUCAGAGAUUAUAAGAAGGUUUUGCUUCAGUUGGAAACUUUGGAAAUAAACGUGGGAGAUCAGUGUCGCAAAGAAUUCACAGACCUGAUGACAGAGAUGAUGGACCUGAGCAGUGAUGUAGGAGGACCAGGGCUCCCCCUGCUGGACUACAGGACAUAUGCAGAGAGAGUCUUCUUCCCUGGUCAGCAGAUGGCGAUGUUGAGUCGACAGCUGGACCUGCCAGAGUCCAGGAGGUCGACUGUGGAGCAGGGUCUACAGCAGCUCAACAACCUGCUCAACAACAGACUCUUCCUGACCCGGUUCAUCCACACCCUGGAGGCUCAGCAGGGUUUCUCUCAGAGGGACCGUGGUUACGUGGCCAGUCUCCUGACCAUGGCGCUCCACGACAAACUGGAGUACUUCACUGAGGUCAUGAAGAACCUGCUCCAGGACCUGGUCCAGCAGUACGUCGCCAAGAACCCCAAACUCAUGCUGCGCAGGACAGAGACAGUCGUAGAGAAGAUGUUGACCAACUGGAUGUCCAUCUGUCUGUACUCCUUCCUCAAGGAGGUGGCGGGCGAGCCUCUCUUCGUCCUCUACAGAGCUAUAAAGUAUCAGGUGGACAAAGGUCCAGUGGACGCUAUCACAGGAAAAGCCAAACGGACGCUGAAUGACAGUCACCUGCUGCGAGACGACCUGGACUACAGCGCCAUGACGCUGACAGUCCUGGUGAAGAACGGCGUUGAGGUCCAGCCUUGUCCCGUCAAAGUCCUGGACAUCGACACCAUCACACAGGUUAAAGAUAAGAUCCUGGAUCAGGUCUACAGAGGCGCCCCCUUCUCUCAGAGACCAGCGGCCGACAGUCUGGACCUGGAGUGGCGUUCAGGUCAGGCAGGUCACCUGACCCUGUCAGACGACGAUGUCACCGCGGUGGUUCAGGGUCGCUGGAAACGAAUCAACACGCUGCAGCACUACAAGGUUCCAGACGGAGCAACAGUCGCUCUGAUACCUCGCUCCCAGAGUUCAGGAGGAGUCAACCAGGUGUUCCAGACCGGAGAGAAAACACCGAUGUUAGAGGGUGAGGAAGACGAGGGUCUGCGUCUGUGGCACCUGGUGAAGAGCAGUGAAGAUCCAGAGAUACCAAAGCACCGCAAGAGCAGCAUGAGGGAGAGAGAGAGAGCCAAGGCCAUACCUGAGAUUUACCUGACCAGACUGCUGUCCAUGAAGGGGACACUGCAGAAGUUCGUGGACGAUGUCUUCGUUGCAAUCCUCAGUACGAAGCGUCCUCCUCCGAUCGCAGUCAGGUUCUUCUUUGACUUCCUGGACGACAUGGCGGAGAAACACGGCAUUGACGACCCAGAGACUGUCCACAUCUGGAAGACCAACAGUCUCCCACUCAGGUUCUGGGUCAACAUCCUGAAGAACCCUCAGUUUGUUCUGGACGUUCAGGUAACGGACAGCAUCGACGCCGUCCUGUCUGUCAUCGCUCAGACCUUCAUCGACUCCUGCACCACAUCUGAGCACAAAGUGGGACGGGACUCUCCUGUCAACAAACUGCUGUACGCCCGAGAGAUCCCCCGAUACAAGCAGAUGGUGGAGAGGUAUUACAGCGACAUCCACAGUGCUGCGUCUGGAUGUUACCAGGAGAUGAACUCUACACUGACUGAACUGUCCGGGAGUUUUGCAUCAGAGAUGAACAACUUUGUUGCUCUUCAUGAACUGUACAAGUACAUCAACAAGUACUACGACCAGAUCAUCAUGUCUCUGGACGAGGACAGCUCAGGACAGAAGAUGCAGUUGGCCUAUCGCUUGCAGCAGGUUGCUGCUCUGGUGGAGAACAAGGUCACCGACCUCUGAUGACCUCUGACACUUGGACAGAGACUGAAGCGUCUUCUCCGGAAAUCACUGGACUCUUUUUAACUUUGUGUUGUCUUCCUCUCUGUGUGUGUGUGUGUGCGUGCGCGCGUGUGUGCGUGCGUGUGUGUUAUACAGCAGCCAAACAGUCACUGACUGAAUAACUUAGUUAACCCAAACCUAAACUUAGUUAACCCAAACCCAGACCUGAACUAAACCAAACCUGAACAUGUCCAGUCUGCGAUGUAAGCGACAAUCUAACCAAUCAGAUCAGGGAACAUCGUCUUCUGCUGCCUUGCACUACAUUUCCCAGAGUUCCCUGCUGUCUCAAAGCACAAUAUUGAUAGUUUUUACUGAUCACGUGUAUUGAUUGAUUAUUGAUCUGCUGGAUGUUGUUUUUUUUGUAACUGACUAUAAUAAUUUUGCCUUUUCUACUGAAACCAGCGUCAUCACAACAUGUAAGGAUGAAGUGAUGACUAAUGAUAAUAAUAAUAGUAAUAAUGAGACCUCCCACUGACCUUUGACCUCUGUGGGGCGUUCACUGAAUCAGGAAGUUUUUGUAAAUUUGACCCUCAGUCUGACUCCACUUUCUGGUCGUGACCUCUGACCUCAGGACACAGCCCACUCCGGAUCCCAGUCUUCCUCACUUCCAUGUCGAGUCCAGAUUGAUUCCACAUGGUUCUCAGGUUUAGAUCAUGUAAACCUGAAUUAUUGUUAUUAUUGUUUUUCUAAUUGUUGUGGUUUAAAUUGAGCCUGAAUGAUCAAGGUGAUCGACCUGAUCAAUAAUCAACAAAUAAACCACUCAUAUUAAAGGUGAAGAACAGAAAGUCAAGUAGAAACUGGAAACAGACUGAAAGUUAAACGUUAAAGUCGAACCUGCUGAUAAAAAAACAAAAAAACAGUCCAAACAAUCUGAAUUCUGGGAUUUAUACUGUGUGUGUGUGUAUGUGUGUGUGUGUGCGCGUGUCUGUUACUGAGUCACUAACUUAUUGUAUGUACAUACCACAUGUACUAUUUAUACCUAUUUAUCCCAGCUGUGCCUUCACUCUCGCAGCUAGGUGGCACUGUCUGUCUGUUCUGACAGCAUCCUUUUUUUUUUUCUUUUUUUCAAUUCAUGUAUCCUGUUGCAUUGUGGGAAGAAAUUCAUUGUAAUGUUUAACUUUUAUUGGAUCAGGGAAGGAAACUAACCAACUCACAAUUUUCAUGUACAAAUGCCCACAAACCCCAGUCUAACAGUAGGUGGAUGCUAACAAACAGCUAGCGUAGCAUACACCAUUUUACAGACAGGCAGCUAAAAUAAAUUAUAGCAUAUUACACACCAGCUAGCUUAACACUGCACAACAUCAGCUAGCGUAACACUGCACAACAACCGGCUAUCUUAACACUACACAACAAACAGCUAGCAUAACACUACACAACAACCAGCUAGCAUAACACUACACAACAACCAGCUAGCGUAACACUACACAACAACCAGCAAGAAUAACACUACAUUUUAUUGCACAACUAGCUAGCUUAACACUACACUAUAUGACAGAACUACCGGCUAGCAUUAGCAAAACAACGUUCCACUUUAUAACAGUGAGUGAGACACAACCUUGAUAUUGACUGACAGUUUUUGUGUUUGUGACGUCAACAACGACGACCUGUCAAAUCUAUUAUUAUCUGUUAUCCACGACUGUGUAAACAUCUGUAAGCAGCUACAUUAUAUCACAUAUGCUACUUAUUUAAAAGUAGCUGUUCUGAAGCUAACAUUUUAAAUUAGCUGUUCAAAUAUGAAAAGUAUGGAAGAGCAUUUCUGCCACAUGGGCAAAAAGCAACGCAUAUUCAAGUCAUAAUUAUAACAUACAAACUCAUAAUAAUGAGAUACUAUUUAUGACUUAGUGUCUCAUAUUUAGGACAGAAAUGGGCUUCUAUAGAAAACCAGCUGUUUAAAACUUAAAUGUUUGACUUUGUCAGCAAUAAACACCAACUAACUUAACAAAUUUACAGAUUUUAAAGUGAUUUGAGAAGUUUUGUGGUGUCUGACAGGUGUGUGACAGGUGUGUGACGUUAACGGUUGUCAGUGUUUGCUCUGCUCUCACUGCGCAGACUGAAUUCACACCAUGUUUGUUAAACAGAUGAAAUCAUCAGCUGAGGGUUUGUUGUGAUCUGACUGACCCUGGAGACGGUCCUGCGUCUCCAUGGCAACAUUCUGACUUGGUAGUUUUAUUCAUCAGACACUUCCUGGACUGAAGCACAAAGUGAAGCAGCUCUUCUUUUUUUAUACGACAUGUUUAUGAAUGUUUGGUUUGAAACAUUUUGGACUGAUCGCAGCUUCUCUGUGUUUUUUCUUCUUCUUCUGGUUUUUCUGAUCUUUGCUGUUUAAUCUCUUAACUGUGUUUUGCCUUGCGUGCUUUUUGAGCCUGUGUUUGACCCGUAGUUGUAGUUCUCUCUGAUCAGAGUAGACAUGCAUGCGUGUAAUGAUGACGAUGAUGAUGAUGAAGAUUUACGGUGCUUGUUCAAACCGUUGCGUUUUUUGUUUUUUAAAAUAAAUUUGAAAGGUGGGGCUUAAACUCUGCCGCUCCACUGAUGAUGUAUAUGGAUGGAGGUCAAAGGCUGUAGUUUGACCUUUCACCUCCUGAUCUCUGUACAGUUUUCUAAUCGUCUGGACGUGAUGUCACAGAUCCUCAGCUCUGGUUGGUCGGGCUGCUUUUUUUUCUAUGAGGGACUGAAAAGUGCACAGAGUGAUUUUUUGUACUGGCUGUGUACAGUUUGAUAACUGUGUAAAUGUAUGUGUAAAUACAAGCAAUGUGAUGAAGAUGAGGCAAACACUUUGUAUCAUGUACAAAUAAAGUUAUAAUUUUAACAAA